ACUCACACGCACAUACAAAGAAGAAAACAUAGAAGAAGAGCCAAGAUUUAAAUUACAUAUGGAAGCCAACACAUUUGCAAUUUUCAUCUUCCUAGCAAUAUCUAGCAUUGCUUUAGCAUGUGAUGAAAAUUCUACCAAUUCAACCAAAACCAACCUUACCUACACUUACACUAGCACCUCCAAUUCCACCCAAAAAAAUAAUGUCAAAACCUAUAUUAAAAAUUCAUGCAAUUCAACCACAUAUCCAUAUAUAUGCUACAAAUCUUUAUCUCCAUAUGCUUCAAAAAUUGAAGAAGAUCCUUUAAAAUUAUGCAACAUCUCUCUUUCGGUGGCGUUAAAGGCGGCUCGCGGCGCAUCCUCCGCCGUAUCGAAGGUUCUAAACAACAAUGACAAUACAUUGUCAAGCAUUGGUGAAGAAGUUGUACAAGAUUGUUUUAGCAAUUUGAAGGAUUCAAUAGAACAAUUGCAAGAUUCUCUUGAUGCCAUGACAAAUUUGGAUGUUGAUUUUGAUAGAGAAUUUCAAAUUAGUAACAUAAAGACUUGGGUUAGUUCUGCUAUAACUAAUGAUCAAACUUGCUAUGAUGGAUUUGAUGAGAUGAAUGUGGAUUCAUCAAUUAGGGACAAAAUCAGAAGUAGAGUUUUGAAUGUGGCAAGGAAGACUAGCAAUGCUUUGUAUUUUAUCAACAAUAACAUAUAUUAAAUUAAGGUAUAAGUUAAUAAAUUGAGGUUUUGUUUUUGAAAUUGUUUUAUUUUGGGUUUUGUAUGUUAUUUUGGUUCAUAGAGUGUGAAUUGUUUUAUAUGCUUUUAACUUAUUAAAAAAAAUAAUAAAUAAAAUUACUAAA